AUGCGCGCCACACGAACCCUCCUCGCCAAAGCAUCAACAGUAGGCACGCCAUCCGGCGGCCUCGGCGUUGUCCCUCACGCUUUACUACCACCCAUCCCACUGUACCGCAGGUUACUCAGAGGACACCGCAAGCAUUUGCCGCCGGAGAUGAGGGUGCUGGGCGAUGAGUAUGUGAAGGCUGAGUUUAGGGCUCAUAGGGGUGUUGAUAACCCAAUUCAUAUUAUCGGUUUCCUCACAGAAUGGCAAGGCUACGCACAACAAAUCGAAGGAGAGAAGUGGAGGGGUGACAAGAUGGACAAGGCUAAGAUCGAUAAGAUGAGUGACACAGAUGAGCAAAUCGCACAAAUGUACGAACUUAUGCAAGCGAUCAGGAAGCAAGAGUUGGAAGACAACGAUCCAGAGUUCCAGGCUGCUAUUGGCAAAGGAGAGGGCGAGAAGCAAUAG